AUGACAACUUUUUUUGUAAAUAUUUUAGCUUUAGGUACUUUAUUUUCUAGUGUUUUUGCUAUUACUUCUAAAAACCCAGUAAUUUCAAUUAUUUUUGUAAUUGCCACUUUUGUUCAAGCUGCUGGAUACUUAAUAUUCAUUGGUGUUAAUUUUAUAGGUAUUUCUUAUAUUGUAAUAUAUGUAGGUGCUAUCGCUGUAUUAUUCUUAUUUGUAAUUAUGAUGAUUAAUAUUAAACUUACAGAUAUAUUAGAAACAGGAAAUCAAUAUACUAAAAAUUUACCUUUAGCUUUAGCAAUAGGUUCUUUAUUCACAUAUGUAAUAUUUACUAUUAUUCCAUUUAAUUUAAAUAAUGUACCUGCAUUAUCUUUAAUCUCAGAAUCAUUAAUUAAUUUAAAUAGUUUAAUAUUAAAUUCUAAUCUUAUUUCAAAAGAUUUCAUUAGUAUAAUCGUUAAUGCUUACUAUAAUUUAUCUCUUUCAGAUAUUAAUAUUACAGAUUUUACACAAAUAGAAACAUUAGGAUAUAGUCUAUACACAUAUGGUGCUAUUUUCUUAAUUAUCUUAAGUGUUAUAUUAUUAUUAGCUAUGUUAGCUACUAUUAUUAUUUCAAGAUCUAAUAAAUAA